GUCCUUCUCAGCAACACCCUUCCAAGAUGGCAGCCAACAGUAGCAGCACGGGCAGCAAAGCCAGCCUCACCGCCAGCGGAAAACCGUCCGGCCCGUCGGCCGAACAGGUGGUGGCGACAUUUCAGAGGAUGCGCCAGGAGCAACGCGGUAUGGCGUCUAAAUCUGCAGAGCUGGAGAUGGAGAUGAACGAGCACGGUUUAGUAAUUGACACCCUGAGGGAAGUGGACCCUUCGAGGAAAUGCUUUCGUCUUGUCGGAGGAGUGUUGGUGGAGCGGACGGUAAAAGAAGUUCUACCGGCUUUGGAAACCAACAAAGAACAGAUCUCCAAAAUAAUCGAAACCCUCAACACACAGAUGCAGACGAAAGGUUGCGACCUCACUGAGUACAGGGAACGCUACAACAUCCGGUUGAUGGGAGAGGGCGAAGGAGAGGAAAAGGGCCAGUCGGCAUCAUCAUCCAGGGACGGCGAAGGGGGCGGGUCUAAAAGUGGAGCUGGCGUUCUAGUGUCGUAAUAACAGAAGCGCGACCGUAGGGCCUUAUGAUUUCUGCAGUACUGAAAAAAAUGGUUGGCGACAUUAAAUCUAGGUUUCAAAGUUGAACUUUUCACAUGAAAAACAUUGUUUUGGAUUACAUUUCCGCUUAACAUAUUUCACUUGGUAUUAAAGUUUUUUUUGCAAAAGACACAAACUCACUACACAUUGGGUGUGUGACAACAAACGGCUGUUUGUCUUCUGCCUUUUAGUGUCAUUGACUAUUUUAAUUUCUGAAAUACUUUCAAGUACUUGUUUUAGUCUUACUCACAUUUACAAAUGAGCAAAUUUGUGUUUUACUCUAUCACAUUGCUGAAAAUACUUCCCCAUAUUCAGAUAUAAUUCCCAAAGUUGCUACGUUACAAAAUAAAAAAAAGUCCAAAGCCUAAAACUUAAUAGAGUACACGCAUGGUUAUUAAAGUAAAACUACACCACACUGCUUUUUUUUCUGGUAAACACACGUUUUUUUAACCAACAACUUAAUGAGGUGGAAAAAACCCGCUGAUUUUUGAAGGUUGACCUUUAUCAAAGCAGCACAGGAGCUUGACGGCAUCGGUUAUGAGCAUGAACAAGAGAAUAUACCCAUAACGUGUCACUUGAUUAAAAUAAAUGCGUCUCCAUUGUUUAGUUGGUGCCGAACGGCUAGUUUGAAGUCGGGAUGUGACGCCAUUGAAAACAGUGAACGUUGUCACAUUCUUUAUGAUCUGUAGCACAUGCUAGAGCUUUGGUUAAAUUCAUUUGUUAACUCGGUCUAAACUGAGGACAUGUUCAUGUUGUGGUAAAGACGAAUAUGUUUUUGUUGAUGCUCAUGAAUAAAAGAAUGUCACAAUUGUA